AUGGCAUCAUCAGCUAGCAGUGGCAUUUACGACAAUCAUGACCACAUGGACGUACCAUCUGACGAUGAGCCCAUGGAGGAGAUCAUUCCCUCUGAUGAUGAGGACCUUGAUGAUUUUCAGCCGUUUGCGCUGCCAGACCAUGACAUGGUGGAUGACGUUCUAGCGGUGGGGCCACAGCUGAACCCGUUUGUUAUCAUUGGUCAUCCUGAUGGAGCUCACAUCGUCGACUAUAUUCCACUAGAUGUUGUUCCUCUCGCUGCGGUUCCGGGGUUUAUUGUUGUGUCUGAUGACGAGGAUGACAUUCCCGUCAUACAUGUCCAUAGUUUGGACGAUGAGAUUGAUGGUGGUGAUGCCCUGGACAUAGCCAUUCUAGAGGUUUCCUCUCCUAUCGUAUCUGUGGUAGACCUAUCCUCUUCGGGUUCUAGCGACGCCGCAUCACCCUCAGCCGUACCUGUUGCUACACCUGCAGUUAUCCCGUCUGAUACACCGACACCACACACUACUCCUGUCACUCCCACUACUGGACACCCAUUUUCACCGCAUGUUGCUGAUCCCCAUCACACUGUCGCAUCUAUCCUUUUCACUCAUGAGAUUCCAGCGCCCCGCCCUGGGGAGGGCACUUCUCGACAGCCGACCUCUCUCGAUACCCAUGUGCCGGCUGAUCACCGGUCUACACGACACCCUCCGCCUCAUAUGUCCGAGUCUGACCCAUAUCAUCCAUGUCACUAUCAUGCUUUCACUAUCGAUGAUGAGAUACAUUCCUUACAGCUUCAUAUUCAAAUCCUCUCCCGCCAGGUCUGGGAAUUGCAGCAGUUUAGGGAUGCUAUGCCACCACCACCACCAGCCUACCCUCCACCACCUACUCCACCACCACCAUCAUCUCCACCACCUCCAUCCCCUCCAGUGGUCUAG